GGAGAAAAUGCAUACUCAAUAUGCUAAACGUCUCCCUACCCAUCUUUAAGCUUUGCAAUUUCACUUUUGCUCUUUUAGGCCGUACCCUCCCUCGAUCCCCAUGAGCGAACGGUCGAAAGCCAAGAGAUCCAAACUCACUUCCCCGCCUCCUCACUCUUCCACUGCCUUUCUAACCCAAGCCCAUACCCUAACCCUAACUCAAAACCUGGGUUUUACAAUGGCGCGGAAGUCCUUGCUGCUCAAGCAAACCCUAGCUACCAUCCUCUUCAUUCUCGUCGUCUAUGCCUUGAUCAGCACCUUCCUCAGUCCGGCUAACUCUUCUUCCUCCUCCAAGCUUGAGGCUACACUCCCCUUUAGCUUCGCGAAUUCAGCUGCAGCCAUCAAUGAAUUUUCUCGGGAGCUCGAACUUUCCCGAGAUAAUCCGGAGAAACUUCCAGGUGAAUCAGCUCCGCGUGUGAAAAUCUACCUCUAUGAUCUGCCCAGGAGGUUCACGAACGGCGUCAUCGAGCACCAUUCCAUCGCCCGUGGUGGUCGACCCGUCGAUGACGUGACACUGCUCAAGUACCCUGGCCAUCAGCACAUGGCGGAGUGGUACUUGUUCUCGGAUCUGAUGCGACCCGAUUCUGAGAGGAUCGGAUCGCCCGUCGUCAGGGUUUUGGAUCCCGACGAAGCGGAUCUGUUCUACGUGUCGUUCUUUUCUUCCUUGAGCCUGAUCGUGAACCCGAUCCGGGCAUCUGGGUCGAGUCAGGACCAGGCCCGGGUAUUGUACAGCGACGAGGAGACACAGGAGGCUUUGUUGGAGUGGCUGGAGGAGCAGGAGUACUGGAAGAGAAACAAUGGGCGGGAUCACGUGAUCAUAGCUCAGGACCCAAACGCUUUAUACAAAGUGAUUGAUAGGAUUAAGAAUAGCAUUCUGUUGGUUUCGGAUUUCGGGCGGUUGAGGCCGGAUCAAGCAUCGUUAGUAAAGGACGUGAUCUUGCCGUACUCGCACCGGAUUAAUACCUUUACUGGCGAUGUGGGUGUAGGGAAUCGGAAGACGCUGUUGUUCUUCAUGGGCGCACGGUAUCGCAAAGAGGGUGGAAAAAUUCGUGAUUUACUUUUCCAAGUACUUGAAAAAGAAGGAGAUGUCAUAAUAAGACAUGGAACACAAUCCAGAGAGAAUCGACGUGCUGCUUCACAAGGGAUGCAUACAUCUAAGUUCUGUUUGAAUCCUGCGGGUGAUACUCCAUCAGCCUGCCGACUCUUUGAUUCUAUAGUUAGCUUGUGUAUCCCAGUUAUAAUCAGUGAUAGUAUUGAAUUACCUUUUGAAGAUGUUAUAGACUAUACAAAGAUUGGAAUAUUUGUAGAUUCCACGUCUGCUCUUAAACCAGGAUACUUAGUUUCAAUGCUGAGAGCGGUAACCACCAAGAGGCUUCUGCAAUUUCAGAAAGAGCUGAAAGAGGUAAAGCAUUACUUCCAAUAUGAAGAACAGGACGGAACUGUGAAUGAAAUUUGGCACCAAGUCUCACAGAAGCUACCCUUAGUCAAAUUGAUGAUUAAUCGAGAGAAACGGUUUGUUAAGAGGGAAUUAACUGAACCAGAAUGCUCUUGCCUUUGUUCAAAUGAGUCUGGGGUAGUUACCACCUUGAACCCACUUCGGCUGCUAUAAUCAAAUUUUUCUUGGCCUUUAAUCGAUGGUAUUCGAACAUAUUCCUAGAGAAGUGGUACAAUUGUUAUCAGAUAUCAGCAUGGAGGAUUCUUCUGUGUUCUUGGAAACAUUGAGGAAUAGUUUCUGCAUAAAUUUCUCCCCUAUCCCUGAAGCUGAUAGUAGUAACCAUAUUUCCUUCCCCACUUUUUUGGCGGGUACGGGAGCUUGCCAUACAAGUGCUUGUGGCACAUGCUUUGUUGUAGAUAUUUUAUUGGUUAUUGAAGGACGGACUCGGCUGGCGGUAGAUUAUACUAGUUCUGGAAAUUGAGAUUCAUCUGUACAUAUCAAAGAAUAAAAUAUCUCUGCAGUCAUCGAUUCUUUUAUUGCUUCAA